UAAUGGUAAAUCUAGAAGAUUCGUGGGAGCGAAUGUUUGGUUUGUUUCGUUGGAUAAUAGCGGCAUAAAUGAAACAUACGCGGCACGCCGAGACACACAGAGACAAAUAAAAGAAGCACUGAUUCGAUUAUUUACCCUUUAUCUCUUCGUUUCUCUCGGCCCCUUUCUUAACGCUCACAAACUCAACACCAUGAUGUGGGAAUGGGGCGAUUACGAAGACGCCAUCCCAGAAUCCGACCAACCCGAACCCGAUUCUCAUCUCAACUUCGAUUUCUUCUCCGCCCUUGCUAAACCCAAGGAUUAUUACAAGAUACUGGAAGUGGAUUAUGAUGCUACGGAUGAUGAUAUUCGCUCCAAUUACAUUCGUCUUGCUCUGGUGUGUUGUGUUGUAAGCGUUUUCCUUUUGUUGGGUUUCCGAUUGGGGCUAAUGUGGGUGUGGUUGUGCGCGCAGAAGUGGCACCCGGACAAGCAGAAAGACCAGGAUUCUACUACCUCGCGAUUCCAAGACAUAAACGAAGCCUACCAGGCUUUUUGCACAGUUUUGAGUGAUCCAGUCAAAAGGAGGGAUUAUGACAUAAACGGAAUGCGUUAUGAAUAUGAUUACAAUAUCAUUGAUUAUCUUAAUCGUUAUAAGGGCCUUAUCUUGACUUGCAAUGGCCUUGGCAUAAAGCAUUCGAUAUGGUAAACAAAAACAACAUGACAGAUAGCUUUCCAGUGCAUCUAGGACAGUUUUUUAGGAGUACCUGGCACUGCAUGCCAUGCUUAGUAUUGAAGAUAUCUGAUUAUGAUGUCCUGCAGAGAGUUUCAUGCUUUUUUGUAUAAAAAAAAUGGACAAAAUGGAACUUCUACCUGUUGUAAUUUGGAAUGCUCUCGCUUCCUUCUUUCAUACUUGUGCUUAAAUCAUCUCAAAAUGCUUCAAGAUGCAUAAUUUGAAUUUAA